AUGGCCACCAGGAGCAAGGUUUCCACCAUGUAUUGGGAGGCCAACUGCCUGCCCCCGACCAUUAUUCUUCCUUCACAAAUAUCCGACAAGCCCAGCUCGAGCAGUCAAACCGUAUCGUUAACUGCAGACGCCCUCGAUCAAAUCAAGGAGCAAAUCAAAGAAUUGAUGGACCUCGAUAAGGCGCCCCCGGACCAGGAUCAGAAACCUCCCCAACAGUUCGUGAACCCGGAAUGCAAGGAGCCUUUGGUGUAUCCAAGGUAUUGGAAGCUCUGGUACAGCAACGGGGAGGAAGCACAAGUGCAAUACCCCGCUCCCGAUGUCCUUCCGGGUCGAUAUCGAAAUCCCCGUCGACGUCCAAAUGACGCCUCCCAAACCGCCGCCUCUUGCACUUGCAAUACGGCAGAAUCUUCGCCCCCCGAGCCGAACCCCAAGAAGCAGACUACAAACCGCCCUCAAGGCUUCUCACUUGCGAACCGCAUACGUGUAAAGCUUUGGGGACCGAACAAAACCGAGGUGCUUUACCCUCGCUAUGAAUCGGACGCCCUGUUGCGACAGACUGGAGAUCAGCUUGACAGCGUGGAUCAAGCCCACGAUAAGCUCAAGAAGUCGUAUGUGGAGUUUGAGCGCGACAUCAGGUCUGCCAAGGAUAAGGAGGAGUGA